AUGAAGAUCAUGCCCGUGCAGAAGCAGACGCGCGCCGGGCAGCGUACUCGUUUUAAGGCGUUCGUCGUCGUCGGCGACUGCAACGGUCACAUCGGGCUCGGCGUGAAGUGCGCUAAGGAGGUCGCGACCGCCAUUCGCGGCGCGCUCAUCCUUGCGAAGCUCUCCGUGAUCCCCGUGCGACGCGGGUACUGGGGUAACAAGAUCGGCAAGCCCCACACGGUGCCUACUAAGGUCACUGGCAAGUGCGGCUCGGUCACUGUGCGCCUCGUCCCCGCGCCUCGCGGUUCCGGGAUUGUGGCGGCUCGCGUGCCGAAGAAGGUGCUGCAGUUCGCGGGUAUCGAGGACGUCUUUACCUCGUCCCGCGGCUCCACGAAGACGCUUGGAAACUUCGUGAAGGCCACGUUCGCCUGUCUGCUCAACACAUACACCUUCCUCACGCCCGACCUCUGGCACGCCACCAAGUUCACCAAGACGCCCUUCCAGGAGUUCACUGACUUCCUCGCCAAGCCGCACAAGCUCGCCCUCCCAGGAGCCACAUUCGCCUGUCUGCUCAACACAUACGCCUUCCUCACGCCCGACCUCUGGCACGCCACCAAGUUCACCAAGACGCCCUUCCAGGAGUUCACUGACUUCCUCGCCAAGCCGCACAAGCUCGCCCUCCCAGUCGCUGUGCCUGAUGCCUUUGCUGCCCCCCCUCCUGCCGCUGCCGCUCCGGUCCCCGCACGGUUAGAAGGGGGAGUAGCGGAAUUUCUGGAGGCGGACUGGACGGAGCAGGAGGUCAAGAAAGCUUUUGCAGCUAUGGCGAAAAACAAAUCACCUGGUGGCGACGGGCUUCCGAAAGAGCUUUUUGAGGCUCACUGGGACCUGUUGGGAAGCAGCUUCAUGGCCAUGGUGAAGGACUUUGAAAAGUCGGCCACGCUCCCGGUAGAAAUCAAGGAGGCAGUCACAAUUUUGCUGCACAAAAAAGGAGAACGGGAUCAGCUCAACAAUUACAGGCCAAUUACGCUGUUAAACUUCUCCUACAAGGUGCUGGCACGAGUGAUAGCGGAUCGAAUGAAAGCGGUUCUGCACCAAGUCAUCUCACCCGAACAGUGCGGCUUUUUACCAGGCAAAAGGCUGUCGGAUGCAGUGGCGCUGGUGGCGGACAUGAUCGAUGCAGCGAAAAACGGAAAUGAGGACUGGUUUUUGCUCCUCGUUGAUUUUCAAAAAGCAUUCGACUCCGUGUCCCGGGACUACCUGUUUCAGGUUCUAAGGAGGAUGGGGUUCUCAAACCGUUUCGUGGAGUGGAUUGAAGGGCUGCACAAGGACACGAAAACGAGGCUGCUGGUUAAUGGGUGGCUUGGAGAGGGGAUGGACGUGAUAUCCGGAGUUCGUCAAGGGUGUCCCUUGGCGCCUUACUUGUUUCUCUGUGCGGUCGAGCCCCUGGCUCAGGCGGUGGAGAGGGAGGAGCUCGGGCUCAGCAGAGAGGGGCAGCGUCUUGGCUACCUUGGUUACGCGGAUGAUACGACGCUAGCGCUGCAGGGAGCAGAACAGAUAAAAAAAGCGGAGAAGUUGUUAGACGAUUUCGAGAAAGUCUCUGGGCUGGCGACGAACAAAAGCAAAUCGGUGAUCUUACCGCUCGGGGCGAAUCUUGGCGCGACAGAUAGCAGCUCUGUCUUCAAGUGGGCCGGUGGCGACGAAGCAGAGAGGCUGCUGGGGGUCUGGGUGUCGCCUUCAGGAAGCGGCCUGCCGACGUGGGAGAAGGCUCUGGAACACAUGUCCGGGAAACUGUUAAAAUGGCAGCUGAAGUAUCUCACCACAUCAGCCCGAGCGACCGUGGUGAACUGCUACAUCACCCCAAUAGUGGCCUUCCAAGCGCAAGUUUAUCCCCCACCUGUAGAGGUGUGGGUUGAGCUUACGCGGCUGCUACACGGUUUCAUCUCUGGCAACAAAGUGACGACAGCCAGGGGCUUUGUGCUAUGGAGCAAGGAGUUGGUACACACUACUAGAGCAGCCGGCGGUAUUGGAGUGCGGGACCCCGGAAUUGUACUCACCUGCCUGGCCGCACGAAGGGUGGGGCUUUUUCUCACGGAAACCAAUAGUCUUAAGAAGUACAUCAUGACGCAGGCGGCGGACUUACCGAUGGGAACGGAUACCUUCACGGCGCAUGAGAAAUUACUGAAACACUGGACGGGGCGGAGUGUGCGGUGGAGGCAGACGUGCGAGAGCCUGCUGCAGUCCCCGCUAUGUGCACGUCCGACGGCGGUGACUAGGGAGGAGAUCCUGCAGGAGAGGAUAGCUUUCAGCACAGCUUUUCUGUUAAACGGGACAACCCCGCUUGGCGGACAAAAAGUGGCGCAAGGGCUCUGGAAGGUGCGGCUAGGCGAUUUGCUAGAGCAGGAUGCAGAUGGCGGUUUAGCUCAGAGAUCUGUGGAGGAGCUAUCUCUGCAGUUCGGAGGGAGCGCUCUCGCAAGGAUGGCGCUGAAGGUGCUGAGUACGAUUCCCGCACCUUGGCUAAAGGUGCUCGGCUUCCCAACAGUGCUUCCCCGCUCGGCUGACUCAACCCCCCAGCUGCCUAUUCUGGAGAACGGGCAGGUCAUUGCCUUGAAGCGGAUGAGGGAGUGCUGGACGGGGUUUAAUAAGGAGUCAUACAAGAGGGAGAAAUGGGCGGCGAGAUGGGGAGAAAGCAUCGAUUGGAAAAGAGCGGUGGACACAAGGGAUUCUCUGGCAGUUCCCAGUCGUCCGAGGGAUGUGCUUCUGAGAAUCCACGGUCUCAAUCUGCAGGUGGGGGAACGCCUGGCUUUUCUCAGCAGCAAACCUAUCUGCCCGUACUGUGGAGGGGAGGAAACUCGGGAGCACUGUCUCGUGCUCUGCCCGCGGAUCCAAAUGGUCACGAGUGCCCUCAAGCGCGCGCUGAGCAUGCUCAACCCCAAUCGCACAAUAACCUCGUUGGGUGACUUGCUGUUCCGGGCAACUGGCACCAAUUCUGCUUUCCCGGAGCUGACGCUAACGACAAUCACGUUUCAUCAGCUAUGGCUCGAGCGGUGUGAUGCUGUUUUUCGGGGCAGCAAGUUUCGGACGCAGCGGGUUCUCAGGAAGAUAGAGUUCGCAUUCCGGCAGCAUGCCAAGCGGUACUCUCGGAAAAAUGGGGUGACGUGGCGGAAGCAGAAUCACCGGUGUGUUUUGGAUGAGCGGGACAUGCUGCAGAGGAUCAAACUGGAUGGCAAGGAGUGGAAGUGGACGAACAGCUUCGCUGCAAUCUGGCUUCAUCGGAGGGCACGACCCAUCAGGCCCUAG